GUCAGCGGUCACCAUGAAAUCACUCUCCUUGAGACAAUUGGAAGGAAUAGAGAAUGCAGUAAGCUCUGCGAAGGACAGAUAAUCACUCUUUUUUGCCUUGAUGGUUUUAAGAGGCCAUUUGGAUUCCUUGCAAAGCACACUAUACCGCUUUCUUCUUCCUCUGAAUGUCACUAAUUAGAAGGAUUUUCAUGGAGAAAAGCAAGGGAGCGAUUUCUUAUUAAGAGACCUUGGUGCAGACUAGGAGGAGGUGAAUUCAUCGCAGGGAAAAGGAUGGGUACUCGAAAGAUCUCUUCUUUUGAUGCCCAUCUUAAUUUGCUUGAUAAAAAGGCUGUUGAUGGAAAAAUAUACAGAAAGAUUGGAUUUUUUAUCAGUUCGUGUUUGAUUUUUCUCGUGAAUUUGGUGUCGGUUUUCUUUAAAUUCAUAUCAGGGCAUGUUUUCAGAAUCAAGAACAGCGACGGCUUUGUCAGAGAUGAUUCGAGCGUCUUAGAAUCGAAGGAAUUGAAACAAGUUGAGAAAUUUGAUCAGAAAGGUGAAGUCUUUAUGGAUGAGAAGGUUGAGAGAAGGAUGCCAGCUUUCAGUUUUAAGUAUCAAACUCGUAGUUUUGCGGAGAAAAUUGCAGAGAUGGAAGAGGAAGAACAGGGUGAUGAAACUGGACGUGAAGCUAUUUCAGAGAAGGAAGAUGAACCAUAUUUGAGUGCUGCAGAGUUCAACAAUUAUCGAUUCAUUUCAGAGCAGAAUUUCAGUGGCCUCGUGGAAGUGCCGGAGAGCAUGACUUUUCAUGUUCAUGAAUCCUUCAUCGGAUUCAGUGAAGAAAUUUUUGAUGGAGGUAAGAAAUUCUUAACUGUAGAAGAUUUUCUGAAGCCCCCCAAAAAGUCAAUUUUUGAAGAAGAGAGCAACAAUGGUGAUUCCAAAUUUUUUGAUUCGGUACAGAAAAAAGGAACAGAGGAAGGUUUCAUAGGCUUAAAAUAUCGGAUUUUUGAAGAGGAUAAAUCCUAUUCCUUGGCUUCAGGAACUAAUUCAAUGGAGGAGAGAGAGAUCAGAUUCAUCUCUGAAGAUUUCUCCGGUUUCGAUUUUGAAUUUGAUACCGAGUCAUCAAGUGAUGGCUACUCUGUAAAGGAGAUUAUAUACGAUUCAGAUAUUGAUGGAUUUUUAUCAGAGAGGGAUUUUGAAGUGGAAAAGAAUGAUUCUGAAAAUAGAACAAAUUCACCGAAUUCUAUCAGUAUGCUCCAACAAGUGCAAUCUGAAUCUUUCUUUUUGGAAAGAACUGAUGAUGAUGAUGAUGAUGAUGAUGAUGAUCACGGACUGGAUCAUGAUCAUGAAUAUCUGAAUGAUGAAGAACAGGACGAAGAACACAAAUUGUUAGAGGAGCUUCCCCCUCCUUUGGAAGAAGAAAACGAAUUAACUGAAAAACCAGAAACCGAAUUAGAAGCGCAUGGAAAGGAAACUUUUUUGAUAGAAACUGAAAAGUCAACUGAAGCUGCACCGCUCAUUACGAAUUCUCUGCAAAUAGAAUUCAUUGAAGAUUCCAGCGAUGAGGAGCUUUCUUCUGUGAAGAAUGGCGGAGCAAGGGUGGUUAACUUUGGAGAAUUUCAUUUUGUUAAAUAUGUAGCUGAUUCUGAACCAAAAACUGUACCUUUCGAUGGAGAAGAGGUGGGGAAUACUGAAGGAGAUAAAUCAAAUUAUGAUUUGACAAAUUCUGUAAAAGUUUCAGAUGAGAAAGAGCAGAAGAUCAAGGAAUCACAACUAACGGAAAAGAAAACUGUAGAGCCUAAAUCUCUUAAUUUUGAUUCUGAAGAUUUGGAUGAACAAUGGGAACACCAAGAACUUAUGGAACAGCUUCAGAUGGAACUUAAGAAAGUUAGAGCUGCUGGUCUUCCCACAAUCUGGGAGGAAUCGGAAAGUCCGAUGCCGAUGGAGGAUUGCAGACCGUUUAGGAUUCGCGAGAAGUUCUUGCGUGAGGAUCCAAUGAAUGAGCUUCAGAAGUUCUACAAAGGCUACAGAGAGAGAAUGAGGAAGCUUGAUAUUUUGAAUUAUCAGAAGAUGUAUGCAAUAGGCAUUCUCAAACUGAAGAAUCCUCUUCUUGCAAUAGGGACACAAAGACAUUCAUUCUCAACAAUCAUGUCUCAUCUCUCUCAAAACCUCUUACCAUUCUGUCAGAAGAAAUUUGAAAAUGAUCCAUCAGAAAAAUUAUUUAAAGAUCUGCAAUGCGAUUUUGAAACAGUUUAUGUUGGCCAACUUUGUCUUUCUUGGGAAUUCCUCAGAUGGCAGUAUGAAAAAUCUUGUGGGCUAUCAGAGUUUGAUCCACACAGAAACCUUGGAUACAAUGAGGUUGCUGAUGAGUUCCAACAGUUUUAUGUUUCAAUACAGAGAUUUACAGAAAAUGAGCCAUUUCAAGGGCCAAGACUUCUAAAUUUUAUUAAUCAAAGUGUUAUUCGUAAUCUUCUUCAAGUACCACUCAUGAAAGAGGAUUGUUUACGGAAUAACAUGGAGAAGAAGGAGAAAGAUUAUGCUGUCAGCCUUGAAAUGUUGGAGGAUAUUAUGGAAGAAGCAAUCAGAGUUUUUUGGGAGUUUGUAAAAGCUGAAAAAGAUGAAACACCUUUAUUAUUCAGGGUUCUAUCUGACAAUAAUGUGGAGGUUCAGAAUCCAUCUGAUUAUGAGUUGUUGGAAGAGAUUCAAUCUGAUUUGCAAAAGAAAGAGAAGAAGCUAAAGGAUCUGCUGAGGACUGGUAAUUGCUUGGUAAGGAAAUUCAAGAGACCACAGGAAGACAGAUCAAACCAAGACCUCUUCUUCUCUCAGGUAGACUUAAAAGUGGUGUCAAGGGUUCUCAGGAUGCCAAGAAUAACAACUGAACAGCUCAUUUGGUGCCAUGAAAAGCUAAGCAAUAUUACUUUUUGUGGCAAAAAAGUGCAAAGAGACCCCUCAUUUUUGGUAUUUCCAUGUUAGAAUAGGAAUAGUUUUUUUUUUUUUUUUUUUUU